AUGCAACGAAAGGGACCUGGGGGAGGACGCUUUUUUGGGCGAAAGAGGGGUGAUGGGAAAGGCAGACCUAAUCCCAGAAACUACGAAUCUGUCCACAGAAGAAAUUUUCGAUUAGUAGCCGCUCCGGUCUUAUUUAUAUUCGCUGUUUUAAGAACAUUUGCUUAUCAACUCUGGAUAGUUAUUGUGUUUAUAGCAUGCAAAUCAAAAUUAACAAUUCCUCGACGAUAUAUACGUAGAACAGCAACAGAUGAAGAACAAGGAUCGUUAGUAAUGUCAGAUGGCUCCAAGACAAAAGGGCUGGUGGGUCCAGCCGAGCCAGCCUUGGCUGAACAGAAACAUUACCACAGAAAAGCAUUUGAGUACAUUUCAAAAGCUUUGAAGUUGGACGAAGAAGAUGCAGGCCGCAAAGACUUGGCUAUUGAGUUGUACAAGAAAGGCAUCAUGGAGUUGGAAAAAGGGAUUGCUGUGGUUGUUACUGGACAAGGUCAGACUGUUGAGAGAGCUCAGCGCCUCCGGGAGAAAAUGCAGACCAACAUGACAAUGGCACGAGACAGAUUGGAAAUUCUUGAAAGAAUAUAUGGAAAGAUUGAGUUAACAGACAUUCAAGAAGAGCCUGUUUGGGAACCUGUCCCUGGAUGCAGUUUUACCAAAUCCAGGAGUGCUCCUGAUACCACUUUUAAAGCUUCUUCGAGACCGCUGAGAGCUUUGAAGCAACAACCAAUGGCAAUACACAAAAGUAACACACUUCCUCGGUCGCUGUCUGCCAACAAGGGCCAAGAUGCCAGGGGCCUUACCUCCCCACGAACUGGCAGGAAAGGAUCCCUUCAUACGAGAAACCUUUCACAAGGAGAGAUGAAAAGCUCAGGAAGUUCCUCUUCUGGUCAACAAAGGAAGGUGUCAUUGUCUGGCCUGAAGAAUUGUGAUAAGAAAUUAGCCAACAUGAUACUCAAUGAAGUGGUCGACCAGGGACCUCCUGUCAAUUUUAAGGAUAUUGCUGGUCAGAAUGUUGCCAAACAAGCACUGCAAGAAAUUGUAAUAUUACCUGCACUUAGACCAGAGCUGUUCACGGGAUUGCGGGCCCCAGCUAGAGGUCUUUUAUUGUUUGGACCUCCAGGAAAUGGGAAAACAAUGUUGGCUAAAGCUGUUGCCAAUGAGUCUAAUUCUGUCUUCUUCAACAUCAGUGCAUCAAGUCUCACAUCCAAAUGGGUGGGAGAAGGAGAAAAACUUGUCCGCACUCUGUUUGCAGCUGCCAGGGAACUUCAGCCAUCCAUCAUAUUUAUGGAUGAAAUAGAUUCACUGCUGUGUGAGAGACGAGAGGGUGAAAAUGAUGCUAGUCGUCGACUAAAGACGGAAUUCCUUGUUCAGUUUGACGGAGUUGCUAGUGGUUCAGAUGACAAGGUAUUGGUAAUGGGAGCAACAAACCGACCACAAGAACUGGACGAUGCUGUAUUACGGCGCUUCACAAAACGUGUGUAUGUGAUGAUGCCUGACCUCGCGACCAGACGGAGUAUGAUAAGUCAUCUGUUGUCAAAACACGACAAUCCUUUGUCACCCUCAGAACUUGACCAUCUCUCCAGGUUGACUGAUGGUUAUUCUGGUAGUGAUCUCACAGCCUUAGCCAAAGAUGCCGCUCUGGGGCCCAUUCGAGAGCUGAGUUUAAAUGAAGUAAAAUGUGUAGAUGCAAAUAAGGUGCGCAGUAUCCAUAUGGGUGAUUUCAUGGAUGCUCUGAAGAGAAUAAGACGAAGUGUUCCUGUAGAUACUCUCCAAAAGUUUGAUGACUGGAACAGAAGCUAUGGUGAUAUCACCACAUGAUGGUUUUAACUCGGCUCUGUCAUGUACAUUUAUGUUGCAAUCAACAAUUAAACUUUUUUAGCCAACCCACCAAGUCAGGUCUUAGCAGCCUAAGAUCUUUUUGUCCUGCCAGUAUAACCUUUGAUCCAUUAAUCAACACAAAUCAGGAAAAAACCAGCUAAUAAAUGGUUAAAAUGUGUUACACUAAUUAAAUGAUGGCGAUUGUGGUUGUCAACAUGAAAUAAAAAUAUUUGACCAUUCAAAUGCGAGAAAUUUAUUGGAGAAAACAAAUAUUUUUAAAGACUGCCCCUGCCCCUAAGUGGACAUUUAAAUAAGUGUUUUAAAACAUUUGAUUUGCUUCCACCAUGCAUUUAUCUAUUUUAUCUUCCUGCCCCGAGUCAGACCACCGAUCAUAUCGGAGGCCGGACUCUGGAUAGGCAUGUUCGAAACCAUAGAGGUCUAGGAGCAUGUUAAAACCGUAUCUAAGUCUAAGUCUAAGGUAAUGACAUCAUCUAUGCUGACGACCACAGUGAUACCGCCAUAUUGUUAUUCUUGACAUCAUUACUUGCAAUUAAAUUUUAGUCUUAAUUGCAAGACAUAACCAUAGGUUAUUCUUUAAUUACAUGCUGAUAUGUAUUUUAUUGCAUCACCCAUUUAUCGUUUUGUUAAUUUCAUCCCAUCCAUGUGUGUUCACCCUAUGAAAGGAGUACAGUUAGAUUAGUAUCUGCAUGUAAAACAUAUCUGUGGUUAAACUAGUUCUACUGGAUACUUUAAAGAUUAAAACCUGUUUAUUUUUUAUGUGUUUGUUGGCAUACGUAAUGGAGAAUUAUUGAUUUAUGUUAAACGUUUCUGCUACUAAAAUAUACAAUUAUAUUGCAGUAAAAUUUGUUGCCACUUGUGUUGCAAAUUCUUAUUAUUAAAUUUUGCUCGCCGGUAAUAAAUAACAUACUUCGGGUUUUACUCUGAAAUGAUUGAAACAAAUGUUUAAAGUUUAAUUUGAUGCCAAGUAAGAUUAUAAUAAUUACCUAAUUAUAUAUUGUAAUGCUACUACAUUGUAUUAUAUACAGUGCAAACACUAGGUAGUUCAUAUUAUAAAGAAAGUUUACCAAAUCCUUUGUUUGAACUGAAGUCAUUAAAAAAAAGGAUUUUUCAUUAUUAAAUUGGUCAGUGUAGUGGAUGAUAUUUUUUGGUAAGAAUUAUGAAUAAAUAUAUAAACAAUUAACACAUUAAUUGCAUUCCAUAAAUCCACUGAGUUUAUUAAUAUAUUAACAUUUGUUGGAUGUGAUGCCAUUCUUCCUUUAAGCAGAAUAACACGACUCAGAGUAAGGGCAGCAAAUUUAUUGUGAAUGUUUAAAAACGGCUUCAUUUAAGUUACAUUCCUGUUGCAUUGAAAAUAUAACAUUUCCAUGGUAUUAUUUUUGAUAAGAUAUUACAAGUGUGGUAAAUGCUUAUUGUGUUGUAAUUCCAUUAAAGUCCCAUCAUAUUUGCCGAAUAUAUACAUGGUGUGAACAAUAGUUUGUUUUAUUUUUAAUGAGGUGCACAUACCACGUGAUUAACAGCAUAUAACAUAUCCCAUCCAUCAUUUAUCUGAAGUUGGACCAUUUGAAAUAAAGGUCUCCUUUUUGGCCCGUCCUGAAUACUAUGCAUUGUAAAUAAUUUAAAAACGGUGAUUCAUAGUUGUCUAAUUUAGUGAAUAUUCCUAGGCCCAGUACUGUAUAUAAACAGCUUUUGAUCUCUUCAAUCUUCAGACAUUAAACAUUAUUUGCAAUGAAUAUUGUUCAGGAUGGGACAAAAUGGAGAUCCAUAUAUGAAUUGGCCCAGUUACAAGAAGCUUUGUUUUAUUUUAAAUGUAGACUUGAAACCACUCUUUCAUGAAACAUUAACUGUUUGCAGUGUCUUCAUUAAUUAAUAGAGUGUUCUUUGUUGUAAGCCAAAUCAUCUGAAUCUCCUGUGGCAACUAACCUGUAAAAUAAUUAUUACUUUGUUCUGGGCACUGUAUUAUUAAUAAUUAUUUUGAAGAUAUAAGAACUAAAUAAGAAAAUGUCUUUGAUACUAUUGUUAAAAAUGUACAUCAAAAUGGCUGAUGCAGCUUAUGAAAAUUAAUAACUGUUUAUGCCAGCAUUAUCAGGUUAUGCUUGCAGUGUUUACUACUGCAUUCCAAUCUGCAUUUACCAUUAUACUAACAAGUUAUAAAGCUUAUAUUGUUACACCAUACCCAGUUGUUGUCCAUUUGAUUAGUGAUUAUGCUAUAUAUUGUAAAUUUGUGUGUUUCAGUUGUGUUCAGUCAGUGUUAUGUAUAGUUUGUAAAAUUUUAAAUAAUUUAUAAGUUUAUUGAUGUGUUCACACAAGUAUGUUAAGUGAGUUAUUAUACUUAUUUUCAUUUUGUUAUUUUGUUGAUCUUCCAUUUAUAAAGUGCUAAUUGUACAGCCUUCAUUUCAGUAAAGAAAUGUCUAGUUCAUUAGUCAGUAAUACUGCUCUACAAACAACAAGUCCAGGCAAUUUAUGUGCAGGGUUGAGCUGGCUCAAACUAUAGAACAGACAGUCUUUGUGCAAGGAGUGCAAUAUGCUGUGUAGACUUAGACUUUCAGAAUGUCAGAUAUUACAUAUUGUUAAACAUUUUAUAUAUUAAUUAGGUUUAGAAUAAAUAGUUAAGCCUUCUUUGCCAAAUGUUCAUAUAGUUGUGUUAGUACCAAUUUUAAGUAAAUUGUUGGUGUUUCAUUAUCAUUUGGAAUCUCUAUUUGAUGUUUUAACACAUUUCAAAUUUCCAUUAGUAGUUCAAUGUUUUUUUGUUUUUUUUGUUUGUUUUUUUUAAACCUUUUUUUUGUGUUAAAGCCAAAUAAAUCAAAUUGCCCAAAGCUUACAGAGUGUUAGUAUUGGGUUUUAAAAUUUACACAUAAAGUAGAUAUAUAAAUUUAAAAAAAAAAAGUUUAACAUGUUUUGCAUGUCAAAAUUUUGCAACCUAUGAAAGCUGGACAUUGAUAUUUUAUAUGUUACCCACAUUAAUUUGUUAAAUUUUUACUAAUUAUUAAUCACUACUGGUAUUGGCUAGAAGUAAAAAAUAUCUUUUAGUUACCGUAAGACGUACAAUUUAAAGCAUUUUCAAAUAGUGGUUACACAAUUUUGGGUUCAUGUGAACUGUUAAUUGGUUACCAUGUGAACAGUUUGUGUUUUUAAAUUAAUAAAAAUCUGUUCGUUUUACUCUUUAUUGCUUGUAAAUUUAAGAAAACCAGUGAUAGAAGUUUUCUGCCAUGCAUAUGAUAUAAACAUUGGACUUAAAACUAUUCGUUGAUUACUUUGUUUUGAAUUUUCAUAAUUCAGCAGUAACAUAUUACUUUUUGGGGUUAAUAAAAGUAUGUUGUUUCUUGGGGCACUUUUUAGAAACAAAAUGGACAAUUAUCAAAUGUGUUUCAUAAAAAUGGAAUGGUAUUUUUUCAUAUUGUUUAAUGUUUACUUGAUGCAUGUAUCCUAAACCACUUAAUGUUCCUAGUGUUCUCAAUAGUCAUUGUGCAACAUAAAUAUAAGGUAAUGCUUAUAGAUUUUAGUUUGCAGGCAUUGAGUUUGGGAAUUGUUUUUAUAUUAGGAUUCCACUUGAAUUGUAAAUGAUGUAAUCUAGAUAUUUUGGGAUUUUUUUCUCAUAAUUUUACGCUUCCGGCCCCAAAUCUAGGGGUCAUGGAUGCAUGGAAUCCUGCUAAAUUUGCAUAUUGGUUCGUUUAUGUGAAUCUGUUGUGCAUGGACAAAUGAAUAUUCUUGGUUUUACCGGUACUUGUAUUUGAGUUAAAGACAUAUUAUUUGAGGGCUUUCAUUUUGUUUCCAUUUGUGUCAAUAUUUUGUUUAUAUUUGUUACAUAAUACAUGUUCAGUGUAUGGUUAUUUUAUUGCAUUGUGGAUUGGACAUGUAUGCAAUGUAGAUGUUUACUUUGUUAAAAAUUACGUCUUUUUAAAUUAUGUUGGUUUCUUGCUAAUAUGUAAUCAUAAAUGGUAAAAGGGCAGUUUAAAGCUGGCUACUGAGUAUUUCAUCCUCUUUAUUGAAAUAAAUUGUAAUUAAAAA